GAGCGUUGGCUGUGGUCAGUCUCACCAGCGUUAGACUCCUCGCUUUCCAAACAGCUCCAGACCAUGGCUGGCCUCCGUUCUGUGUUUCUACCUCUGGGGCUAUUCCUGUACCUCAAACUACACCUUUCUUCUGCCAACUUUACAAAUUACAGCAACAACUGUACAGUCUUUGAUAAGGUCUUCACCACCAAAAUCCCAGGAAUUGAGGUCAAGACAGAAGAUUUUCAGGGCAACACGAUCUACACAAUUUGGGUUCCUGUGAGGGACAAUUUUAGUAUGGUGCUCCUACAACUCGUGGACAAGGACAACAACUCCGUGGGCCUCUGCCAGGGAGAUGAGGACUGCAAUGGCAGCGCUCUGUACCACCUGACUAGCGCUAAAGACACAUUCCUCAAGGCAAAUUGUGUUCUAAACUCCAAGGACACCGCUGACAGGCUGAACAUCUUCCUCAUCGAUUUGAACAACUCCGCUGUGUUUGUCUCUCAGAAUCUAACAAGAAAAGUGACAACUACCACUUCAACCACCAGGACUUCCACCAACAACCUGAGCACAACUGUGACUAUGGCUACAACCAUGAGCACAGCCCAAACCAAGACUUCAACCCAAACUGAGAACACAGCGCUAACUGAGACCUCGACCCAAACUGAGAACACAUCCCAAACAAAAACCACAGCCCAAACUCAGAACACAGCCCAAAUCAAAACCACAGCCCAAACUCAUAACAUAGCCCAUACCAAGACCACGGCCCAAACUAAGACCUCGACUCAGAAUUUGGCUGUGAGAGCUUUCAGCAGCCCCAUCGCAGGUGCCAUUCACAUCCUGCUCGUCCUUCUUACCAGCAAGCUCCUCUUCUAAAGGAAACCAGCAGAACACUUACUCAGCUUCUGGGAUAGCCUCCCAUGCUGAGGCACUAGGCCAGGGCUUACAUGUAGGUGGACCAAGGCCUCACACUCUCAUGGUGUGCAACUUCACUACCACUACUUGAGGCCAAGGACUGGGGCCCUUGCUGGUGGCAUGGGUCACUCCCAUGUCCAACUGGAUUUUUCAGGACACAAAUUAUGCCUUCUAUAAGUACCUAGACCUACCCUGACUAUAGCCUGGAAUCCUGCUUUUGAGUUUAACAUCUUGACAGUCAAUCCAAACUUUCAGUCAUAGCCAAAGGAUUCCUCCAUGCCUCCUCAUUUUCUGGAGAAAGGCUCUUUCCUUACUUUCAAGAUGAUCUGAUCUCAGAUUUCUGACCAAAACUCACCCAGGUGACACAGAGUUCCUGUGACUGUGUGACUUAAGGAGAAGGGAGAAAUAGCUUUGAGGCUAUGGCAGCUUCUGAUCUUAUGCCUAAGAGGAGACUCCUAAGGGCAAGAGAAUAGGAUGGUGCCCGGCCUGAGCAGUGCGGACCAUGACCGGAAAAAAUAUGCACUUUGUUCUAAGUCAUACCUAUUAAAUGACCCUUGAGACAAGAAGAAUGACUGUGUUAGAUCCAAAGUUGUCUUCAGUGAGUGAUUAACUUACAAUUUAGUGAUUGUUAUCAAAUCACCUAUAUUUUUAUUUUUGGUUUUGUUUUUUCAAGACAGGGUUUUUCUAUGUAGUUCACGCUGGGACUGAACUCACUA